AUGGUUUCGGCAUCAUCCUCAGAACAGCCGUCGGAAGCCUCACGAUCGGAGUCGCUCUCUCCUGAAGAUAUCACCCCUCAAAAUCCAGUCGAAGCCUUCGCGGCUAGCUUAGAAGCGAGAGAUGAAGUGUCGUGCGUCGAAUUGCUGAACGAGCAUUUCAAAUCUGUUACUCGAUCUGGAAGUGCCUUCGAAUGGCUCGAGGAUAUAGAAGAUUUUGGUCUUGAACCACAUGAGAUCGUCAGUCUUUUGAUUGAGGAAUCGGUCCAAAGUCCUUGGAUUUGCUACGAAUUGGUGUAUCCUGACGCCAAUGAGACGGACAUCAUGAUCUACCGAGCAAACUAUACUCAACCUGUUCCGCCUCGACUUGACCUUGGCAAUCCCACGGUCAAGAUAUCUGAUAUCGAGGUCAAACGGAAGAUAUCUGAGCUUUGUGGUCUCGGUGGAAUCAUUCCUACCGCGAACAAUCGUGCGUUCUGGGCAGAAGACGUCAAAAUCAAUCGGAUUCAGAGGAUGGCGGAAAUUUCCUACCACUCACAUGCAGAGCAGAUAAACAGUACCGAGAACGACCAAAUGGAAGCAGUCUUGGAACGAUGUAGCGACGCGCUAUACCGCCUUAGCGAACUCCUGCGAUGGCUGCAGUCGUAUGAGCUGGUCAAAGACUAUCUUAUCAUGUUUCGCAUCAACAAUCAACACCAAGUCGAAAGUGUCCAAGUUCCUAUCGUCAACAUCACAAGAUUGAGCGAAUGUGCAAACAAGGCCGUUGCCAGGCUUGUAGAGGAUCAUAAGCCAAUGGACCAUGCUGAAGAGCUGAGCAUCGCAGCCAAUACUAUCUUGUGCUUGAUUGCCUGGCCAUACCCACCACGUGAUCACGGUGUUGGGGCCAUCCAAGAUUGCGCUCUGGCUGUUCAGGCAUUAUGUAUCGGUAUGUUAUCCUUCGCCCAAUCUCAUAUCGGAGAGAUUGACCCGUUUNUCCUGGAACACUCCCUAUCGCUGAUCCNNGCCUUGGCGGGGGUGUUUUCAACGGGAGAACAGUGGUGCCUCUACUACAGACUUGUGAAUCUGACUUGUGCCGGAGACAUGGUCGAUUCACGGGUCAUGGCUNUUGUAGAUGACAUCACGGAAAUCAACGAGCCAUUUGAUCUUGCCAUCACGUCCGAAGACCUUCUGGCACUGUGGGGCCCUGGGGAUCUGAUAUCGACUCGAACUUUGGAUCAGGAAGAACCAUUGCCGGCAAGAUGGCUGCGUGGAAUCGCAAUACGGGGAGGCAUCAUCUACAGACCUUCAGCAGAUUCAUCUAGAAUGCAUUGGAAGGCUGGUACAGCCGAGGAUGCACUCGCACAGAUUGAGUUCCUGAUGACUCCUCACAGCCAGAUAGUCGUUGGAGGCGUCGACUUGAUCAACAAAUCAUGUCAUGUCUGGCCAGGAUAUGACAACAUCAUCCCGAGAGAGGCAAUCAACAGUGUCAUUGAAGAGCUUGCACAGCGAGUCGCUCUACGCGAAGUCGUGGCCGAAGUCAUGUUGCCGAUGGUGCACGCCUGGAUGGGAACGACUGUGGAGUGGCAGGACUUGAUGUCAAAUGGCGACGGCCUUGUUGCAGAGCUGAGAAAGCCGACGUUCCGCGUUUGGUUCAGCACCCUGAAGAAUAAUGAGCAACACGCCCUGCAUCGCAUCAUUAGUUGCGAAGAGUUAAAGCCCGCAGGCUUCCUAGUUCACAAUCAGGCCCGACAGUUCCGUGGAUCGAGACAAGACUCGUUGUCUCGGACAGCCCAUCGCACUGGCGUUUUCUUCGAAGAGCUUGGGAACGUAUAG